GCUUCUAGGCCUGGCGGAAGCAGGCUCUGCAGGCAGGGCAGAAGAAGGGCGGGCUUUUAAAAGAUCAUCUCCCUGCUGGCGGGGACUGUGAAGGUUGGUGGUCCCGGGAAUCGGAAUUGAGGGAGUAGAGGCGAAGCGGGCCUCAGAAGGAGAUAAGGCAGAGGGGGCUUGUGGAAAUACCUUCCCAGGACAAGGAUGGGCUAGUUCCCCAGAGAGCAAUGAGGAAGAACAGAGCUAUGGAAAUUCACCUUCCGGAGGGGGAUCCAGGUUCCAAAAGAAAACCGGAGAGAGAUUAAGGCCACGGGGUCGCCUUGGGAUAAUGGUUGCCCCUCUCUCCACUCCUACUCCCAGUAUUCGGACACACCCUUACCUUGCUAACGUGCUCAACCAUGGCUAGACUUCCCUUGCACGGUUCGGUGAUUGUCCCAGACUGGCAUGAGACGGUCGAGGGCAAGGAGUACUUAGCCUGCAUCCUGCGCAAGAAUCGCCGGCGGGAGUUUGGGUUGCUGGAACGCCCGGUGCUGCCCCCUUCCGUGGUCAUUGAUACUGCCAGCUACAAGAUCUUUGUGUCCGGGAAGAGUGGCGUGGGCAAGACAGCACUGGUAGCGAAGCUGGCAGGACUAGAAGUGCCUGUAGUACACCAUGAGACCACUGGACCUUUGAUAUCUCCCUAUACAAGCAUCAAGACUAUUUUCUCCUGGCGGGGGCCAACUCUUCCUGGUCUGCCAAGGACUGCAGAGGGAGACUUUAUUUCCCAGAGUCUGAGGAUUCUCCCAGGUAUUCAGACCACUGUGGUGUUUUGGCCAGCCAAGCUGAAGGCCAGCGGCCGUGUUGUCAUGUUCCGUUUUGAAUUCUGGGACUGUGGGGAGUCCGCCCUCAAGAAGUUUGAUCACAUACUGCCGGCUUGUAAAGAGAAAGCGGAUGCCUUCCUCUUCCUCUUUUCUUUCACUGACCGUGCCUCCUUCGAAGACCUUCCCGGACAGUUGAGCCGUGUAGCCGGUGAAGCUCCCGGGGUUGUCAAGAUAGUUAUUGGUUCCAAGUUUGACCAGUACAUGCAUACGGAUGUGCCGGAGCGGGACCUCACAGCCUUCCGGCAGGCCUGGGAACUGCCCUUGUUUCGGGUGAAGAGUGUGCCAGGGCGGCGGCUGGCAGAUGGACGAACCCUGGAUGGGCGGGCUGGGCUGGCUGACACAGCCCAUGUGCUCAAUGGCCUUGCAGAACAGUUGUGGCACCAGGACCAGGUGGCAGCCGGCCUGCUCCCCAGCUCCCCAGAGAAUGCUCCUGGAUGAAUGGUGACAGCAUCCUGAGUAGAGACUGGUACUAGUGAUCCCCACUUCUACCCUGAGGACCAGCUGGGAAGGGCCCUCACGUGGUGAUGAGAUGGGGCACGAGGCUCCAGAGUUAAAAGGCACCCCCCCUGCCCUUCACUCUGAUGCAGCACCCACAAAAUGGUGAUGGGGGUGGGUUCUCAGAUGGGCCCUGUUGUAACUUUAAUUUUUUUUCAAA